GAGCAGCGCCGCGCUGUGCCUGCACGCCGGCGGCUCCGCGCUACGCUGGGCUGGGCCGGGCCGGGCCGCGGCCAGUCCCUCCUCGGAGCACAGGCGGAGCGCGGCCCCCGGGCGCCAGGUACUCUCCAUCAUAUGAGCUUAUUGCACAGAGGGACUGUAGCUCGCUUGAUGAAUGGAUGUUAAAUAUCCCAUCUGAAGACAAGUUGAUUUGCUUCCUUUCUAUCAUUUAAGAUUGUAGUUGGUGAAUGUAUUUGCUCCACCAUUUCUAAGUUAAUAGUGUAACGAGGACGUGUGUGAAGCUGCUCUUUCUCUGGAUAUUGAUGUCAUAUCUUAAUGCAUUGUGACGCCUCAGGCUCACCACUGACACAGGACAUGGAGGCUCUUGAAGUUGAUGACAUUAGCCCUGCCUUGGAGGUGACUGAAGAGUUUUUCAAUAGUUUUGAUACUAAACUUGAAAAGAUUGUGCAGCCUUCUGAGGUUUAUGGUGUACAGGAGGUCCCUGAACUGGUUGGGCAUGAGGUAUUUGAUCAGAUAACAGAGAGCAGGAAUUUGAGGAACGUCGCCACGUUAGCCAAAAGUAGCCUCCUCUGGGACCAUUGCAAAAAUGGCCUAUUGGAAACCAAAGCUCAGACAGCAUUCCCUGCCAAAGACCAGCGCGUGAUGCAGAGGGCAACAGCUGCUGACAACCUUGGUUGGGCAGGGGAAGGGGAGACAGCAGCUUUUAACAUCUUCAAUAUCUGCCAGCGGAGAAGAAACAGGCCUCGCUCGGUGAACGACAUCCUGGUGCAAAACGAGGAAGCCUCCACGUUCAAGCCAGGACACCACAGAUCACGCUCUGAUAUCAGCCAUGUGAACUGGGGAAUGGUCUUCACGGGCACCUACCUGCAGCAGCCACCUGCACCUGGUCAGGACAAUAACUGUGCUCUCCUCUCUUACCUGGCAUUAACCAAGGGAAAGGACAUCCAAGGAAACACAGAACACAAGCCAAUGUUCCCAAAUAUUCUGAAGAAGGGAUACUUAGAAAUUCGAAGAGACAAUGACACCCUCUGGCAAACCUGUUAUGCUGAGCUCUCCCCAUACAAACUGUACCUGUAUUGCUUGGACAGCAGUGGCAACCAGACUCUUCCCACCGUGUACCCACUCAUGCAUUUUCAAAGGGUGACUGUUACUGGUUGCAUUGAAACAAAGGUGGUGGAUGCUGUCAUGUCGGACAACUCGCAGCUGCAGCUGAAGGCAGAGUCCUCUUGGGAGGCUUUGGACUGGGGACAGAAACUCUGGGAAGUGGUGCGUGCCUCUGUGCCUGCUUUUACGAGACAGCAGGAGAAACUGGAGAACGUGCCAAAGCCCAAAAACAACAGUGACCUUUCUCAAACCAAUGGAUUAUUAGAGAAGCCUAUGGAGCUCUUCUUAUCAAUGAAUUUGACUGAAAACACUAAAGAGUACCAAAAUAUUCUCAAAUCAGGGACUCUUUAUAGGUUAACUGUCCAGAAUAACUGGAAGGCAUUUACUUUUGUUUUAAACAGGUCUUAUCUCAUGGCAUUCCAGCCGGGUAGGCUUGAUGAAGAUCCUCUGCUGAGCUACAAUGUGGAUGUGUGCCUGUCAGUCCAGACAGAUACUCAGGACGGCUGUGACUCUUGCUUUCAGGUCAUUUUUCCUCAAGAUGUCCUUCGCCUGCGUGCGGAGACUCGACAGAGAGCCAAGGAGUGGAUGGAAGCACUGAGAGCAGCAGCCAGUGCUACUAGGAGUUCAACUCUGAACCCACAGGUUACUCUUAGGAAUAAGCCUGGAGACUGGCCCUCUGGAAACGAUCUUAGAAAAAGCAAGCGCCAGUCCGUGACCACCAGCUUCCUGAGCAUCCUGACCACGCUGUCUCUGGAGAGAGGGCUCACAGUUCAGAGCUUCAGGUGUGCAGGCUGUCAGCGCUCCAUAGGCUUGUCCAACGGGAAAGCCAAGGUGUGUAGCUACAGUGGAUGGUAUUAUUGCAGCACCUGCCACGUUGAUGACAGCUUCCUCAUCCCUGCACGGCUGGUUCAUAACUGGGACACUUCCAAAUACAAGGUAUCAAAGCAAGCCAAAGAGUUCUUGGAAUACGUUUACGAGGAGCCAUUGAUUGAUAUCCAGCAGGAAAAUCCCAUGUUGUACAAGCAUGCUGAACCUCUGGCAACUGUUGUGCGCCUGAGACAGCAGCUGAAGUCUCUACGAGCUUAUUUGUUCAGCUGCAGAGCAGCAGUGGCUGAAGAUCUGCGCAGAAGGAUCUUUCCCAGAGAAUAUCUUCUCCAACAAAUCCAUCUUUAUUCUCUUGCAGACCUUCAGCAGGUUAUUGAAGGAAAGCUGGCUCCUUUCUUAGGGAAGGUGAUCAAGUUUGCCACCUCUCAUGUAUACAGCUGCAGCCUUUGUAGUCAAAAGGGUUUCAUCUGUGAGAUUUGCAACAAUGGAGAAAUCCUUUACCCCUUUGAGGAUAUCUCUACAAGCAGGUGUGAAAGCUGUGGGGCUGUCUUCCACUCUGAGUGCAAAGUAAAGGCUGUGCCGUGUCCCAGGUGUGUGCGUAAAGAAUUGCAGAAGAAGCAGAAGUCCUUCUGGAGGCGACUGAAUAUGGAUGAAAACUUUGAAGAGUCUUGCAACAUGUUUGAAUUGUCAUAUCAGAACACAUGAGAUCCUCAAGGCAGUGGCCAGCCUGAAGUGAAUCCCUUUCCCAGCUGCCAGCUCGAGCAACUUGUCAGCUUAGCCAGGCAGAAAUCUUUUUGCAGUAUAAUGUCUGAUGUUCUUCAUCUGUGAAUAGCAGCAGCCAAAGUGGCCAUAAAGCCUUGUUGGCUUUGAAAUACCAAUGGCUAAACUGCAUUUUGCUUUCAAGUCCAGCUGCUAACUCUCAUACAAAAUGUGGUUUACUUAAAAAGCUUUGGGUUUACCUACUUAUCACUUAACUUUUUUCUUUUCCACCUCUGGAGAAGACUUUUCCUCAAGGCAGAAACGAUUUGCUGCCACGGCUGCAUUAUUUUUUUAUGUUGUUAAUUUAGAAUUGAUGAAUUGUCUUAUUUAUGUGUGUUAUUUAUUUAUUUAUUGUUAGCCUUGGCAGAGGGUCUGCCAAGGUGUUUCACAGAACCCAAGAGGACGGGGAUGAUUUUUAAUCCUUAUGUGGACACAUGGCUCCAUUUCCUCAUGUUUCAAGUGCGCUGUUUUUAAAGAGUCAGUGCAUUUACACAUCACACCUCCCUGAGGGAGUAGAAAUAUCUCCCAUCAAACCUUAUUUAGGGUGCUUGCAAACCUAGGAUGCAGAAUAUUUCCUUCAGCUAUGUUUAUGUAUUUAUAACCACCCCAGUAAACUACUCCAUAUGCAGA